UCUGGCUGUGACUCAGGACGCAGAGCGCCAGGCGGAAUAAGAUGCAUACAUAACCUGUCAGGCUGAACUGUGACAUAGAAGGAGAGAGACAAGACAGUGCAGAGUAUUAGGCAGUUUUAUGAGCGUUUCACCAGGUAUUUGGCCCGGUUUUAGCUCAGCACUUUUGUUCAGAGAUACUUGGACUGGAACAGCGCCAGGUCCAUUUGCAAGUCAGAGAGCGCUAAGUAGUCUGAUGCACAGGCACCAACUGCAGCAGAGGAUCUGUCUAGAGUAUUGUUAUGCAAGCAGGAAGGGAGCAGUCCCACAUUGAUCCAGGCAUUGGACAGAGGCUGGGAUGCUUUGGUCCUUGAUGCUGUUUUGAGCUGGAGGCUGCUGUUUGCUGUCCCAUCAUGCAGUAUACUGUACUAGCACAGUGCUCGGAGCAGUCGCUCUGCACAGUUAGAUCAUGAGAGGGACGGACUAAUGGAGACCUGCUCAUCACUCAGCUUUGCUUGCACUCUUUUUAAGUUUUGUCAACCUCAUUUCAGAUCUCAGUCCAGUGACUGUCCCCAAACAUGAGCGGUGGAGUGAAUAUCAAAGUCAUAUCUCCGAGUCAGAGCGACGCAGGUGUCAUCUCGAGUCUGCCUUUACCUCGAAGCAUGAUGCCUCUCUCCAAGAUGGAUCCCAAACAACACAGCGGGCCCCCCAAUCCCACACUGCAGUAUCAGCACGCCCCCAAACGACGGCCUUCCUAUUCUCCAUCUUCGGUUUCCUCGGGUCCUGCAGAGCUGCUGAGGGGUGCAGCUUUAAAGAACCACCUGCUGCAGCAAAAAGCUGGAAUGAAUUCUCAUAGAAGUCCAGCAGCUACAGAACGAACUGAUGGAACAUGCUCGGCGUACAGCAGCCCUCAGAUACCGAAGAGGGAAGUCCGACGCUCUAAAGACACACUGGACCUCCGCGCCAGCACGCUGAACCAGAAGGCUUUGCGAGACCUCCAGUUAAGACGAACCACCAACAAAAACUGGACCUUUGGAAAAUAUCGUCUAAAGAGUGUGGACAACGCACAUGAGGAUGCCGCCUUGUGCCGGCUCUCUGCUAAUGUCCAGUUAGGCCACGGAAGAGGACGUCUCUUUUAUACUGAAGGUGCAAAUGGGAAUGAGAUAUCAGGCGUGUCCUUAGCUGGAAUGGGCAACACCGAAAAAAAGGUGAGGAACAUUUCCAUCCAGCACCUGGGUGCUUCGGAAAGAGACGUGUCCAACAACAAAUCAAAGUCUUCUCAUCACACAUUCAACAUGCGGCACAAAGGGAGUGAGCCAGGAAAAGUCUACAUGGCCGCUGUUGCUCCCUUCAGGUUCAGGGUUCAGGUCCAUGAGGACACAGAUCCCUCCCUUGAUGAUCUCAGUGAUUGUUCCUCUGACUCCAUGGAGGUCUGCUGUGACGAUCUAGGAGGCAUGCUUGGAAAUAGUGUGAAAGGCAGAGAAGGAGAUUUCAAGAUGGAAAGGGCGGAUAGCACAAAGGCAUACGGCCAAGCAGAUGGCAAAGGAGUUGGCAUGGCAGUUAAGAGGGCCAAGUCUGGAGUGCCCCAGACCACACCGAGGGGUGAACUGAAGGUUUACCGGGCGGGUAGCUCUGACGGCAGGUUACCAGUGCCCUCCAGUCUUCGCAAGCAGAGGUCUAUGACAAACCUGGCUGUACUCACUGAUGCAGAGAAGAAGUUGCACCUUUAUGAGCCCAAGUGGUGUGAUGACAUGGCCAAGCAUGGAGCAGGGCAGACCAAAAUGGGCAAGCCAAAGACCACAGGGGGUGGCAGCAGUGCCGGAGGGGGUGGCCCUCUCUCUCGAAACCUAUCCAAAUCUGAACACUCGCUGUUCCAGGGCAAACCCAAGCCCUUCAGCCCUCUGGCUGCUCCAUCUGCUCUGAGCAAGCAGAGCCGCAUACCUCGUGCUCCUUACGCCGAGGUGAAGCCACUGAGCAAGGCACCUGAGGAUGGGAAGUCGGAUGACGAGAUCCUGUCCAGCAAGGCAAAGGCCAACGCUAAGAAGCAGGGAGCCGGAGCCGGAGGGGAGUCCGGUUCCAAAGGAGAGGAAGGGGGGGACAAGCCCUUCCUGAAGGUGGACCCAGAACUGGUGGUGACAGUGCUGGGUGACCUGGAGCAGCUGCUUUUCAGUCAGAUGUUAGACCCUGAGUCCCAGAGGAAGCGGACUGUGCAGAAUGUUCUUGACCUCCGCCAGAAUUUGGAGGAUACAAUGUCGAGUCUGCGGGGCUCCCAGCUUAGUCAUAGCUGUAUGGACAGCAGUAAUGUGGGCUAUGACAGCGAUGAGACCAACGCUCGCAGCAUAUCCAGCCUGUCCAACCGCUCAUCGCCUCUCUCCUGGCGCCACGGCCAGUCCAGCCCUCGCCUUCAAGCGGGCGACGCCCCAUCCUCCACAGGCGGAGGGUACCAGGGGAGUAAGACUGGCUCCCAGUAUACAGCCCAUACGAUGCCAGCUCGCUGCUCCAGCCGCCUCAGCAGCACGUCUCGCAUCGAGCUCAUUGAAGGGUUGGAUGAUGCCGACCUCAAGUCUGGUUACCUGAGUGACAGCGACCUCCUAGGAAAGAGCCUGCCGCAUGACGACGACGACGACAACCUGGCUAAUGGUUGGGAUGAGAGCAGCUCCAUCAGCAGUGGGCUCAGCGACGGUGAGGGCGAUGGCUCGGAGAACCUCAGUUCAGAGGAGUUCAACGUCAGCUCCUCCCUUAACUCCCUCCCGACCACACCCCUGGGAUCCAGACGCAACUCUUCUGCUAUGCUCCGCACUGAUGCAGAGAAGCGUUCCCUGGUGGAAAGUGGACUUUCUUGGUACAGCGAGGAUGGCAAAACCGUCCACAAGCUUGAUAGUUGCAGCUACGACACGGGGAGUCUCAAGACGGAGACCCCAAGCAAGUGGAGAAAGAAGCCUCCAAGCCUUAGUGACGAUACAGGGUGUAAAGGAGAACUGAGGAAGCCUCAAAGCUUGGGUCAUCCAGGAAGUUUCAAGAAGGGUCGUAAUCCUCCUAUAGGCGUGACCUCCCCCAUAACCCAUACUUCUCAGAGCACGUUAAAAGUUGCAGCACCUAAAAGUGAGAAGCCACUGGAUAAAUCCAGGAUUUCCCUCAAAACUGCUGGUCUACAACGGUCUCGUUCAGACGCUGGCAGGGAUCAUCACGGAGAGCACCGCAAGCCCCCGUCAGGUUUAGUUAAACCCACAGCUGGAGCCUCCUUUGGCUACAAGAAACAACCAACGGCCACCGGUACCGCCACUGUUAUGACAGCAGGGGGCACCACCAUCUCCAGUGGCUCUGCUACUGUGGGGAAAACCCCCAAGUCCUCUGGUAUCCCUGUUAAGCCUGUGGCAGGAGGUACACCGUCGGGUCGAAAGAACAGUUUUGAUGCCAGCAGUGAGCAGAGCUUCUUGGGGCCCAACGCCCGAAACAGUAUUCAGUACCGCAGCCUGCCUCGACCGGCGAAAUCGAGCACACUCAGUGUGAUCGGUCGCCCUGCACCUCGGCCUGUCAGCGGUACCAUUGACCCCAGUCUGUUGAGUUUGAAACCUGUGCCCAUGGCCUCCACAGGCCCCAAGAUUAAAGAGCCCAGCAGCUGCGGCAGUAAGAUGUCUAACAGAACGAGCACAGGCCCGGUGAACAUGACAGACCGAGAGAAGGAGAAGGAGAGAGCCAAAGCCAAGGCUGUGGGUGCCGACGUAGACUGUGGUUCUCUGAAAGGAGAGACUCAGUCCACAGGAGAGUCCACUGUGAAACUGCACGGCCUGAGACGGACCGGCAGCAGCAAAUACCCUGAACUGUCAUCACCCACCACACCAAGGAUGCUGAACACUAAGUCUCUGGGUCGUCCAACCAGCUUGGCUCACAUGGACAAGAUGAACUUCAACAGUCUUGACUCCUGUGUGACCAUCCACGACCUCCCGCCCAAAGUCCCCCCGUAUUCCAAGCUGCAGGACUUGGCUGGUUCCCACACCUCAUCCCGCCUCACCCCCAGCCCAGCGCCUGUGCUCCACAUCAAUUCCCCCAGCUCCUACACCAGUGAAAGCCUGAGUCUGAGCGGAUCACCGCUGCUCUACCCCAAGCUGUCUGGCAUGCACCGCAGCAUGGAGUCUCUGCCCCUCCAGAUGAGCGUGGCUUCCAGUGCGAGGUUUGUCAGAACUGAGAUGCAUGACAAGGAAGAGAGAGGUACGGGAACCUGGGGAGCCGGAAGCAGGACAUCCCUCAACCUCACAGAUAGCUUGCAAACAGACAGAAAUACCUUGCCGAAGAAAGGAUUAGAACGCUAUGACUCAAGCCUGUCAGACAGUGACGGCAAACCUGGAAGGCGCCACUCCCACACCAUAGUCAGCAUGACAGAGAGCGAUAGCCCCCCUCAGCUGCCUUCUCCCACCCGCCCUCUCCACCCCUCCUCCGGCAAGGCUCCCCUCACCAACGUGGUUGCCCCAAUUACUAGUGGCAGCCCGAGGAUAUCUCGCUCUAACAGCAUAGGCCCACCUAGUGAGUCAGCCUGCGAUCUCUAUGGAUCCUCCCCCCUGGGCAGCAGUAUGUCCCUGGCUGACCGGCCAAAAAGCAUGAUGCGGUGCGGGUCUUUCCGUGAACCCGGAGAUGAUGUGCAUGGCUCCGUGCUCUCUUUGGCGUCCAAUGCUUCAUCCAACUAUUCCUCGAAUGAGGAGAGGAUACAAGGGGAGCAAAUCCGCAAGUUAAGGCGAGAGCUGGAGUCUUCCCAGGAAAAGGUUGCCGACUUGACCAUGCAGCUUAGUGCCAAUCUAGGCCAGGCUAAUCUGGUAGCGGCAUUUGAGCAGAGUUUGGCGCUGAUGACGGCACGCCUGCAGACCCUGUCGGUCUCCUCGGAGCAAAAGAUCCCGUCAGUGAAAGAGAAGCUACCAGAGGACAUAGUUGUCCUGGAAAUGAGUUGUGGGUCAAAGGACUCUGAGCUCACUGAGCUGAAGGAUACCAUCGAGGUUCUGAGGGUCAAAAACACAGAGGCCCAAGAAAUAAUUCAGGGGGCCCUCAGUAAUCCGGACAUCACACCUAAAGAACUGCUGAUCAAACGCCAGAACUCCUCAGAAAGCAUCUCCAGCCUCACCAGUAACACCAGCCACACCAGCCACUCCAGCCACUCUAGUCUGGGUAGUCUCAAAGAGCAGGAGGCCAAGAAGAAGAAGAAAAAGGGCUGGGUCUUUGAGUUACGCAGCUCCUUUAACAAGGCCUUUAGUAAGAAGGGCUCUAAGCCGUCAGGGCCGUAUGCUGACAUUGAGGAAAUUUCCACCCCAGAAUCCUCUGCACCUUCCUCCCCCAAAGUUCACCAUGGUGGAAACAACCCUCCAUUGUCAAUGAAAUCAUCAGCCUCUACAUCAUCAUCAGGACUCUGUGAAGGAGAUGAGGUGGGGGAUGAUAAGGUUGUAACAGAACUGCGUACAGAGCUGUGGGAGAAGGAGCGCAAACUGACAGACAUCCGCCUGGAGGCUCUGAGCUCUGCCCAUCAGCUGGAGCAGCUGCAGGAGGCCAUGACCAACAUGCAGUCGACAGUGGAGAACCUGAAGGCUGAGAAUGACCAUCUGAAGACGGGUGGUCUGUCUCCCUGUCCAUCUCCAGGACCCUCCAGCUCUGUCUCCCAGUCCUCGGGUCUAACUGCUCUGGGAAGUUUAUCACCUCGACAGUCCGUAGCCAUGCACAUGCCCAAAAGCUACAGCAGAGGGCUGAGUGAGGGGGGAAGCUCAGCAGACAUCCACUCUGCAGAUUUCCUCAGUCUUUCCUCACAGAGGGAUGAUCACCGUGUUAGGGUGGUGAUUUGUGUUGCAGAUUUACACGUCUUUAAAGAUGAGGUCAAACAGCAGGAUUUCUUUGUCGGCACUGUCAGGGUGAAUGGCAGGAUGGACUGGUCCAUGCUGGACUCAGCUGUCAGCCAGGCUUUCAAGGUGUACAUAGCCAAGGUGGACCCCACUUCUAGUCUGGGCCUGUCUACAGACUCCAUCUACAGUUACAGUAUGGGCCAUAUUAAGAGAGUGCUGGGAGGAGAAGGUCCAGAAACCCAGCCCUCUCGCUGCAUGUCCCGAGGUCCCAGUAGCAUCACGGUGGCCCUGAAAGGUUUGAAGGAGAAGUGUGUGGACAGCUUGGUAUUCGAAACGCUCAUUCCCAAACCCAUGAUGCAACACUACAUCAGCCUGCUGCUCAAACACCGCCGUCUUAUCCUGUCUGGACCGAGCGGGACGGGUAAGAGCUACCUGGCCUCCCGGCUGGCUGAAUACCUGGUGGACCGCAGCGCCCGUGAAGUCACCGAUGGCAUCGUGGUCACUUUUAACUUGCACCGCCAGUCAUGCAAGGAUCUGCAGCUUUAUCUCUCCAACCUGGCCAAUCACAUCGAUCGGGAAACCAGCACGUCAGAAAUACCGCUGGUCAUUAUUCUGGAUGAUAUUCACGGGCCUGCUUCCAUCAGCGAGCUUGUCAACGGUGCUCUCACCUGUAAAUAUCACAAAUGUCCUUACAUUAUUGGAACAAGCAAUCAGCCAGUGAAGAUGAUAGCGAACCACGGCCUCCAUCUCAGCUUCAGGAUGGUGACCUUCUCCAACAAUGUGGAGCCAGCCAAUGGCUUCCUGGUGCGCUACUUGCACAGGAAGCUGAUGGAGUCGGAGGAUGAGAGAAGCUUGACCAAUGAGGACCUGAUCAGGGUGUUGGACUGGGUGCCCAAACUGUGGUAUCAUCUGCACGCCUUCCUGGAGAAGCACAGCACGUCGGACUUCCUCAUUGGCCCUUGCUUUUUCCUGUCCUGUCCGGUCACGGUGGAUGAGUUUCGAUCGUGGUUCAUUGACCUUUGGAACCACUCUAUUAUUCCUUACCUGCAAGAGGGGGCCAAGGACGGCAUCAAGGUCCACGGCCAGAAAGCGGUAUGGGAGGACCCAGUGGAGUGGGUUAGAGGCACCCUGCCUUGGCCGUCUGCCCAGCAGGACCAGGCAAAGCUGUUCCACCUGCCUCCCCCCAGCAUCGGCUCCAGCAGCCCCGGUCAGCCCUGCGAGGAGAGGCCUCACAAGGAGACUCCACCCAGCUCCAUGGAAUCUGAUCCCCUGAUGGCAAUGCUAUUGAAACUUCAAGAAGCUGCCAAUUACAUUGAAUCCCCAGACAAAGAAGACCCUAGCCUGCCUAGACUUUGAACACAAAGCUUACACUUAACACUUCAUAUUUGAUGGGUUUUUUUUGUCCACCGUAAUGAUGCAGUGCACAUUCAGGAACAAAAGGAUCCCUCAGAAACGGUUGUAGGGUGAUUAAAACUGUCAUUCCCGCCCACAGUAGGUUAAAUGUAUAACUCGGUAAUUACAAAUCAUCAUUUUAUUACAUACAGUAUUUUCAAAAGAUUGUUCACAAGUAUUGAAUGAACAGCUAUUACUUUUCUGUGUAUUUGACUGGAUGACAUUCACUUCAGUUUCCUUUUACCACCACAUUAGCACUCAGUGCUCUUAGAUCGGUGCUAAGAGAUCACUAAGAAUCGUCUCAGCGCUUUCACUUCAGGUGAUUUCUGUCCUUGCAGUCCAUCCUGUGUUGUGCUGAAGUGCAUUAUGGGAUAUGGAGUGCUUGUCAGCAGGAGCUAUUCUCAAUUAUGGUGACUCAUUUUUGGAAACGAGUAUGACAGCAUGACAGAUGCUACUAUUUAUUGCAACGUUUUUUGGUACAUAUCGACUGUAUAAGUCUUUGAAGGCCAAAUCUUAUACAUAUGCAAUCCUGAACUUUACAACCUGAGCAGGUAAAACAAAUAAAAUGCCUUAACAACAAAGACUUCAAUGUCACCUCAACUUCUGCAGAGUACACUGGUGCUUUCAUCAAUAUCAUCCCAGCUAAGACAGUCAGGAAUCAGUUAUUUCUUCAACCCUCUGCAUUAUUUAUUUCCAUUAAUCUUCUUGUUUUUUAACAAUAUCAAAUGUUAAAGGAUCACUUAUCAGUAUUUGUUUUGACAUAAUCUCUUCUUUAUCAUUGUUAUGGCUUAUAAAUUGAUUAAUUAAACUUGCUGUCAUACUCUUUUGCAUAAAACAAAACCAAUUUAUUAGUGAUGUGAGUUCAUCACUUUGUCGCUGCACAGUACCAUCAUUUCCAAGCACUUAAUGUAGUUUUAUGAACUGCUUUAUGUAAAACGUGUCACCAAUGUUGCCACAUAUAUCAGGUAUUAGAUAGUUAUUACACAGGGAUUAUGUAACAUAACAAACGCCCUCUGACUAAACAGAUUGAGCAAAUGCUAUUUGAAUCCAAUUUAGAUUUUUUUUCUGUAACAUUUAUCUAGGAAAGAGUCCAUUUUCUUUUUUUAUCUUUCACCCCAUAUUCAGAGUUACUGUAUAUAUUAUGUACAUACAAUCAGGCUACAUCAAAGUUAUUUUAUCUAUAUUAUUUGGUGCAAAUAUCUAAUAUACUGGACCAAAUACUGUACUUUAAUCAUGUGUAUUGACUGUCAUGUUAGUGGUUUCAGUUCAACUAUGAAUGUAUAAAGAACACUUAUAAAAACAACCAUAUAACAGUAUCACUAAUGUAGUAGGUGCUUUUAAAAGAAGCCUUAUCGCAAAGCUCCACUGCAAAACACUUUGAACAAUGUCUGAGUAGAGUGAUUUUAAAGCUACCUUUGCCCAUUUUCAUUUACAACAGUUCAUGCACUUCAUAAACAGAAUUAACUCACGCUUAUUAUCAUCAUUUAGGUACGCAUGGUGCUCUUUUUUUUUUAACAAGGUCCCGGACUGUUUUAGUGUUGAAUAAAGAUCACGUAGACUUUCAGGCUAGGUUAGCAAUGAGUUUUGUGUCAUACAGUAGAAAUGUCAAACGCUAAAGUAAUGUAAAAUAAAUAAAUCCGGAAGAUAAUGUCUGAUAUUUUUAGGCCAUGUUGAGUAAGUGUUGAAGACAUUUUGUAGAGGCAAUGAAGUCAUGUGAGACAAUGUAGGUGUUAUGCCCAUGUUAAUGUCGUACGGUAUUCAUAUUUGAGAAAACUUUGGGUACACAACACAGUGCAAAGUGACUAUGGAGAGUUGUUGUUCCAAGGCAAGAGUAAAAAGCAAAACGAUUUAAACACUUUUUAAGGUACUUUGUGUUGAUUUUUGUAAAAAAAAAAAUAAAUAAAAUAAAACUAAAAAAAGCCCUAAUGGAGUAAAUGGCAGACAAAGUGGUUGGGCAAGUAUUGUCGAAAUAAUUCACCUGUCUCGUUGUUUAGGUGCUCAGACUAAAAUUCCCAUGUACAUAAAUCCUGUAAAUGAAUGUCACUUUUAUGACAGCUCGAUAAGAAAGUUUAACAUUUUCAAUUGUAUCUGAGCUGCUUAUUGCUUCGUUAUUGCACUCUUUGCAUAAGGCUGAUAACAAAACUUCAAGCUAAUCCGCAGCUCUGAUUGGUCAGAUGUAAACAAAAAAAACAAAAAGGAAGGAAUUAAAGACAUCAAAGAGCAAAAAGAUACCAAAUGGCCCGUGACUCUCACACUGGUCCCAUGCCGAUUGAGAAUAAUGUCAGUUAUUGUAAAUAAAUCAAUAUUAGACAGUAUUACCAACCCUGGUCUGUUUCUGCAGGUUAACUAAAGCCAUCAGCUCGAGCUUCUCAUCUCAUUCACUGGUUGUUGUGCCUGUUACUCUGUAGUAGCUGUGAUUUGUGUUUGCUUACUAGUGUAUCAGGACUAUGCAGCAACUUCUACUGGUGUUGGCAAUCAGCAAAUGUCUGAUCCUCACAUGCAAAUGCAGUGUGUUUUCAUCUGGUCUGUCUUUGAGUUCCUAAUUUGGACCAAAUUGCACCACAGGACAAAAGUGGAAGGUUGUUUUAGCAGGCGCUACUGAGCGAGGAGGAUUUGUGCGGCGUUGCAUUGAGAACAGGAUUCAUAGAUGUAGUUAAAGAAAUGAAGCACUUUGGAAGCUGUUUCAUGUGUUUUGUCCUUAUGAAUGGCAACAAAAGUAUCAUAACUGGACUUGUAAAUGGUCAAAUGACGAUAAAAUCAGCACUUCACUGUUUGCAUAGUUAAUUUUAUGUAGAAUCAAACCAGAUAAAGAGAUGAACUGGAUCUCUUUAGCCAAUACAGGUUGCUGAAUAGUCAUUUUUGCAAAGCUUGUUGUGGGUACUAAACUAAGAUUUAAAAAAAAGAAAAAGUUAUGCGAUAUCUAAUGUCACUGAAGUGCAAAUGUUAAGGGUCUCUAAGUGUUGUAAAUGCAUGUAAACUUGCUGUGUGAUGAGAAAAAAAACUGACAUUAUUGUAUUGUUAGGAAAAUCAUUCUAGAUAAUGUUUUCCCUUUUAAUACUCCAAAUAUUUGAUAUUUCUUUUUCUUUUUCUAAAGAAUCCUUUGUAAAACUUAAUUUCUCUAUUUUGUACAGGACAUCAGUGUAAAGAUUGUAAAUAGGUCAGCAUUCUGGAUGCGGCAACAAUCAUUAAGGGACAGGGAAACAAAAAAAUCAUGCUUGAGAGAAAGGUAUAUUUCUUUAGAGUUGGGUCCAGUACGUGAAUAAAGCAUGUUUCUGAAGGCUUUCAUCCACCUAUCACUGGUUGUUGGAAUCAAUAAAAUACAUGUUAUAUUUA